UCAUGAAAGUGAACACGUAUAUUUCUGUCACUGUUUAUUGUUAAUAUCUGUUAUCAUGUACAAGUUAUGAUACUAUCUAGAUGAAGGUGAGACUAUAUAGUCUUGAUACAGAUGUCUGAUACAUGUAUUAACUUGAUAUUGUGUUGUGCAUGGUCACAUGACUCACUGAACAGAGCUAUAUAUUGCUGCACUUCCCUGUCUUCAGUAACUGUUAACUCUGACCUUUACAACUGGGUCAGCUCUUUGAUUAUAACAGUACCCAUUACAAUUUAUCUGAAACUCUGUCUUUGACUACAUUUGAAGAAAUACAUUGAAUCAUAAUAUAAGAGUUGAUAUACACUUAGACAUUUGUAUAAUCAGUAUGUCUGAAGUGAAGGUAAGAGAUGUGAAGCUGGGAACCCGCACUGUGCAGUUUCCUUCAUCCUACCUGCAACCACUGGAAGAUAGUAACAGUUUGCUCGACGAUGUGGAUGCUUUGAAGAAUGAACUCCACAACAAGGGAUACCUCUAUUUAAAGGAUUUUCAUGACCGAAAAGAGGUUCUCAAUGCCAGGAAAGCCGUUUUAGAAUACAUCAAGAGCACAGGGGAAGAGAAAAUCCGUCUGACACAUCCUCUAGGAGACGGGGUCCUGCAAAAAGGCUGUGGUGUUGGAUGCAUUCCGUCCAUGGAAGGAAAGAAUGAGAUAUCACAUUCAGAGGCCAUCAGAGCUGUCAUAGAAGGACCCAGACCAUUCAACUUCUUCAGGAAGCUGUUUGGCAGGGAUGUGCGGACCCUGGAUUACAAAUGGCUGCGAGCUGUCCAUCACGAGGCCUACACUGGCGCCCAUGUGGACAACGUGUACAUGAGCCGGGGGUCGAAGGACCUCCACACGAUGUGGACUCCCCUGGGAGACCUUCCUGUGGAGAUGGGAGUCCUGGCCAUGUGUGAAGGAUCAAACUGCCUGCCAGGCUUUCGGCACUUUCAGGAGACAUACGGUAACAUGGAUGCAGAUGCCAUAAAUCUCAAUGGCACUGGGUGGUUCACCUGCGAUCCUUAUGAGAUAACAGAGAAGUUUGGAGGACAGUGGAAAACUACAGACUUCCGAGCUGGAGAUGUGAUGAUAUUUAACAUGCAGACUGUGCACAUGUCCACGUGUAACAUGACAGAAUUUGCCCGAGUCAGCUGCGAUACGAGAUGGCAGCCCGCUGAUGAUGUGUUUGACAUGAGGUACAUGGAGGACUGUGUGGGAUCAGUGAAGAAGUACGGACUCAGUACGAAAGAUAACGAAGAUGCAGAUGACAAAGAACCUACUAUCGAAGUGAUGCGCACCAGGUGGGGGCUUCAGUAACAAUACUGUCCUGUUCAAUGUUUGAUUCUAGGUGGGGACUUCAGUGACAAUACUGUCCUCUGUUCAAUGUUUGAUUCUUAGUGAAGACUUCAGUGACAAUACUGUCCUCUGUUCAAUGUUUGAUUCUAGGUGGGACUUCAGUAACAAUACUGUCCUGUGUUUAAUGUUUGAUUCUAGGUGGGGGACUUCGGUGACAAUACUGUCCUCUGUUCAAUGUUUGAUUCUAAGUAAUGACUUCAGGAACAAUACUGUCCUUUAGGUGGAGACUUCAGUAACAAUACUGUCCUCUGUUCAAUGUUUGAUUCUUAGUGGAGACUUCAGUAACAAUACUGUCCUCUGUUCAAUGUUUGAUUCUUAGUGAAGACUUCAGUAACAAUACUGUCCUCUGUUCAAUGUUUGAUUCUUAGUGGAGACUUCAGUAACAAUACUGUCCUCUGUUCAAUGUUUGAUUCUAGGUGGGGACUUCAGUAACAAUACUGUCCUGUGUUUAAUGUUUGAUUCUAGGUGGGGGACUUCGGUGACAAUACUGUCCUCUGUUCAAUGUUUGAUUCUAAGUAAUGACUUCAGGAACAAUACUGUCCUUUAGGUGGAGACUUCAGUAACAAUACUGUCCUCUGUUCAAUGUUUGAUUCUUAGUGGAGACUUCAGUAACAAUACUGUCCUCUGUUCAAUGUUUGAUUCUUAGUGGAGACUUCAGUAACAAUACUGUCCUCUGUUCAAUGUUUGAUUCUUAGUGGAGACUUCAGUAACAAUACUGUCCUCUGUUCAAUGUUUGAUUCUUAGUGAAGACUUCAGUAACAAUACUGUCCUCUGUUCAAUGUUUGAUUCUUAGUGGAGACUUCAGUAACAAUACUGUCCUCUGUUUAAUGUUUGAUUCCAUAAUAGCAGAUGCUUAACUAUAGUUAGGAGUUGCAUCAUGAUCAUAUCUUGAGGAUGUGUACAUCAUAAUCAGAUACUAUACUAUAUGCUGUUAU